AUGUUGGACCCAGGCCAGGUAGAGAGGCUGGAGAGCAAAGUUGUCACUCCCCUCGAAGCCUACGGAGAUAUUGUUGAAAACAAGAGAGCGGAUCUGAAGAGGUUCAAUGCUGAUCGGGACAGAGCGCUGAAAGAGCUGCAGAAACUGGAGAAACUCCAACAGAAGAAUCCCUCUGAUAGACAAAGAAUUUCACAGGCAGAGGUGAAUGCUCAGAAGGCGACCAAUAACGCUCACCGCAGCACUAGACAACUGGAGGAGACCAUCAGUGACUUCCACAGACAGAAACUGGAGGACAUCAAGAGGAUCUUCACAGACUUCAUCACAGUGGAGAUGGUGUUUCAUGCCGAGGCUCUUGAGGUCUACACACACACCUUCCAGAACCUGGACAGCAUGGACAUAGACAAGGACCUGGAGCUGUUCACUGAGAGGAUCAGGGUGUCUGAAGGCCCUCUGGACAACCAGACCCUGCUGCCCUCCUCUAUGGCCCACCAGCCUAGUCCCACCCUGGGCUCCAGCCUCAAACACACUGGUGAAUCAGCCAAGAAGUCCAGUAGCAGCAUCCUACAGCGCCAGAGGGUUGUAGAGGAGGAGGAGGAGGAUGAAGAGGAGGAUUAUGAGUCAGAGAUAGAGGCUCAGCAGAUCAAUACGCCCAAAUACUCAGACAGAAGAACUGAUAGAUUGGGGGGUUUGCAGUAA